AUGGCCGACUUGCGAAGCUCCAACGACGACGAUGCCUUGCCGCAUUCUCAGCAGCACCAACAAGACAGGUCCAUUAGCUUGCUUACCGACGAGCUCAAAUCUUCGCAACCAGACGCCGAGGCCACGGGCCUCGAGAACAGCUCAGAUGGCAAACAGAGCGGCGAGGGUCGGGGUCGUGACAUUGACGCGUCGCAGCAGGGACCUGGGCCGUCGACGGCACCUCCAGCAACGGUUUCCGGAACCCAAGAGCAAGCCAAGCCAACCGUCGACCCAACAGUGGCGAAGCAUGUCAACGAUGUCAUGACUUCAGAGCUGGGCAUCCCAACCCUGUUGAACCGACUCAAGCAAAGCCUAGCCUCGGCCAAGGAAUUCGCCCUGUUCCUCAAGAAGCGCUCAGUACUCGAAGACGACCACGCCCAGAGCCUUCGCAAACUGUGUCGGCUUACUCAGGACAAUGCGCGCCGACCCGAACAUCGCCAGGGCACCUUCUCCAAGUCUUACGAUGAAAUGGUCUUUAUUCACGAUCGCAUGGCCGAGAACGGAUCACAAUUUGCCGCUUCGCUCCAUCAGAUGCACGAAGACUUGCUGGAAUUGGUGGCAAACGGCGAACGAGGGCGCAAAAUGUGGAAGGCAAACGGUCUGGCUGCCGAGCAAAAGGUAGCCGACUUGGAGCAGGUCAUGCGCAAGAGCAAGGCCAAAUACGAUUCUCUGGCUGAGGAAUAUGACCGUGCAAGGACAGGCGAGGCCAGACAAAGCGGAAAGAUGCUCGGCGCAUUCAAGGCUCACAAGUCUCCAGCACAACAAGAAGAGGAUUUGUUGAGAAAGGUUCAGGCGGCUGAUCAAACAUAUUCGGCCCACGUCCAGUCAUUGCAGGCCGAAAAGGCUCAUCUUGAGAAGUCUGCUCGUCCCGAGGCCGUCAAGGCCCUGCGUGAGCUCAUCUCCGAGACCGACUCGGCUGUGACACUGCAGAUGCAAAAGUUUGCCGCUUUCAACGAGAAGCUCCUGCUCGGCAACGGCCUGAUUAUCAGCCCGUUCAAAACCCAAGGCGCCCAAGGAGCUGGUCAGCCGCGAAGUUUGCGCCAGGCAGUUGCCGCCAUUGAUAACGAGAAGGACUUCAACGACUUUGUGGCUGGCCAGCAUACCAGGAUCCAGCCCUACACGGAGGUCAAAUAUGAGCGCAAUCCGCUUUUGAUCAACAAUCCAUCGUCCGUCAGCCAACCUCCGCCCCAGAGUAUGCAUACUAUCCAGCCAGUCGGAACAUCUGGGCCACCUCCUCCAGAAGGCCCCAACUCCUUCGGUGCUGGCUCAAGAAGCAGCGUCGGCAAUUUCGGUCCCAUGGGUAGCCUUGUUUCAUCACAGGGCCCUCCUGCAUCGCAAGGUGGCAAGACCGAUUCCAACCGGCCUUAUGCCCAAACUCACGGCCGCAGCUUCAGCCAGGGCAAUAUGUUGAGCCAGCAGGUCUCUGCCUUGCAGCAGCAAUUCUCGAGCAGGAACUCUGCCCAACCGGCGCCGAGAUACAGCAACACCGCCAGCUCGCAAGGACCGCCGCAACUUGGCGCUUUGCCCUUCCAGGGCUCUCAGCCAUCUCCACAGUCCUCGACACCACCUCAAGGAGCUCCGUUUCAGCCUUCAACGGAUCCUCGCAGCAGCGGUCCUGCAUACGGUGGUGCGCCGCCUCCGGCCUAUGCCCCGACACCUGGGAACGACCAGUCUGCUGCAUCCAAAAAGGUCGUAUUUGGUCUAACACUGAACCAACUGUAUGAAAGAGACGGUCUGGCCGUGCCAAUGGUGGUAUACCAGUGUAUCCAGGCUGUGGAUCUCUUUGGCCUGGGCGUUGAGGACUCAUCCGACCCUGCUCUGGACUUUAGAAACCCCGAAAACUUCUAUCACGACGUAAACAGUGUAACUGGCCUCCUGAAGCAAUUUUUCCGCGACCUUCCUGAUCCCCUCUUGACAGCGGAACACCAUAAUGCCUUUGUCAAUGCAGCCAAAAACGAAGACGACAUUGUGCGCCGCGACUCUCUCCACGCCAUCAUCAAUGCCCUCCCUGACCCCAACUACGCUACCCUGCGCGCCAUGACGCUCCAUCUCUACCGCGUCAUGGACAACUCCCACGUCAAUAGGAUGAACUCGCACAAUCUGGCUGUUAUUUUCGGCCCUACCCUCAUGGGCUCCGAUCCCAGCACGGCCAUUGCCGAUGCAGGGUGGCAGAUUAAAGUCAUUGAUACGAUUUUACAAAAUACAUAUCAGAUAUUUGAUGAUGAUUAA